UCACAGAGUUGAUACUUUCGGCAACGCACGAAGAAUCCGUUGUUCUUGAGAGGGAAAAAGAUGGAGGAGACGCCACCAUCGCCGACCUCGCUGGUUGUGAGCAGCCCGAGGCGAACGCUGAGCCUACUCAGAGAGAGGAGGCAGAAACAUCCCAUUCCCGAUCCCGACGAGAAGGCCGCCGCCUCCGCCGCUGCGGCGUUCGCCGAGGAGCAUGGGCCGAAGCCUUCCGAGGUCUACGGUUUCGUCGGCUGCAUCACCACCGUCAUUGCAGCAGUGAUCUUUAUAGUGUGGGCGUACACUCCUGAGCCGUGGUUGCAUUAUUUGGGCAUCACCUACUAUCCUAGUAAGUACUGGGCAAUAGCAAUUCCAUCUUUUCUUAUUGUAACAGUGGUCUUGGCGAUGGUUUCUUACCUUGGUUUAAACUUCAUGGUGACUCCUCCUCCAACUUCGUUUAACAUAAUGUUUGAUGAAUAUAGCCGAGAAUUCUCUACAGUAACAUUUUUGGGCGGAGAGGAACGACCUAUCGAGCCUAUUUCUGAUAUCGGUGUUGAUGAGAUAAAUAAUAUUAUGUUUGGAUGAAAAUCGAAGCAUACACACAAGACGAAAAGAAGGGAACUGUCAGUCACCAACUCGAAUUGAGCAACUUGUCUGCAUCAAAAUGGUGGUUAAAUUGAUUGCCAUCUCCAUGUGUGAAAGAGAAAGCUGAUGCUGACUACAUAAUACGAUCUACCUUUUCUUUUGUUUCUUCUGAAGGAUUUCAACUUCAUAUUGGAAAUUUUGGAGUGAAAAUGUACCAUCUGUGAGUUGAUAUUUCAUUCAACCAAAAGCAGGCAUGGCUUGCUUCUUGUUUGACCUGCGAAUGUGAACUUAAUGAAAAUGCUCGAGUUUGGUUCUUGUUUGA